CGACGAAUAGCAAGCUCGUUGCAGCGAUCCGCCGCCGCAUUUAAACUGCCGCCACCGCUGCUUCUCCGCCCGCGCAUGCCUGCCGAGCGCUGCUUCUGCGCCGCGGCUCGACCUCCCGCACAGCGUUGCAUCGACACCAUCUACGCUGCGCUGGUCGAUGCCAAGGAGGCGGCGGCCGUCGCCACGCCGUCGGAGACCUUUGAGCCGUCGCUCGACGCCGACGGCAAGAUCCUGCUCGAACUCGGUGAGAAGGGGCAGUACGGGCUGGAGGCGCUGCCGGACGGGCGCGUGCUGCUCUUCUCGCCUCUGAUCGGCCCGCGCUACUACGACUGGGACGCGGAGAACGAGUGGUUUUACGACAAGGCCGACGGCCACCUGCUAGUCGAGCUGCUCGUGCGAGAGCUGAUGCACAUCACGUCAGUGUGCGUCAACCUAUGAAAACAAUGAAAUGAAAAGAGUCUC